AUGCCCUCGGAGACGGUCGUGACGAGGACACGUCGACGCGGCAGAAAGAACACCCGUCGCAAUCGCAGUACUCGACCCGAACUCGACACGCCCGCCUCGCUAGAGAAGCUCACCGACGGGCUAUCGCUGGACGGCCACUGCUGGUGCAACUGCGAACCCUGCAAAAGGGCCGUUCUACGCGAGGUGAAGAAGGACGGUCCCAACCGGGGUAAAUUCUUCUACACCUGCCCGGCUUACCCCUACUGCGACUUCUUCCUCUGGAGAGACGAGGCCUCCGUUGGCGGGGAACACUCCCCCUCGGCCAGAUCGAUACCCGCCGACGCCCAGAAUGGCACGCCAUCGAGGCCCAGGACUCCAACUUUGAUCCAACGACCCCUUACAUCCUUUGGAAUCUGCGUCACGCCGAACCGCCGGCGUCACCAUCAGGAGGCUGAGACUGAGGAGGCCGCCGGCGACUUGUCUGACCGUGGUUCGAUCAAGACCGAUACCUUCGCAUCAGCAUCCAUACCGGCACGGGUGCAUGACGGCAUGGGAACAACACUCGCUCCGACGCCUUCCAAACGGAAGCGAAAUGCGCUGAACGAGCAUGACGACGACCCGUUCGGCGAUCUGGGACCGGAUGAGGAACGACAGUUGGUCCAGCUGGCCGACAUGAGUGUGGAAAACGUCAGGCGCGAAUGGGCUGUCUUUGCCACCCCUUGCAAAGACCGAACGAUCGACGAGAAUUCCACGGGUCAACCAACGCCCUCCGUUUCUCGGACCCUCUUCCCCCCCUCGAAUUCCAAGCGACAGAAGACGGUCUCUUUUGAGGAGGCGCCGAAUCGCCCCCAAAACCUCUUGACGCCAACAAAGACACCAACUUCAAGGGCCGAUCCGCCACCAAACCCCUUCAGCAGUCCCUCGGAAGCCGUCAUCCCGGACAUUACCGAAGACGUCAUGGCUCUCCUGAAGUCGCAGAACAUCGAUCCCAGCGCUCUCCAGUCUGUCCGCCGGCUCCUCGAAGCUUCGGCGCGCCGAUGGAGAGGCGUCGUACUUGGCAGGGACUCUGCACGCGCGGCCCUCAAGAAAAAAGAUGAGAGCAUUGCCCGGUUGCAGGAGCGUGUCGCCGCACUUGAAAACAAAGACAAGUUUCACGGCCGACAGCUGACCAACAUCAAAGCGCAGCUCAUGAAGAUGUAUGAAGACAACUGA